UUCAUCCUUUUUGUGAAUUCAAUCAUAGAGAGAGAUAGAGCACCAGUUUCAAGCUAGCUUGAAGAGAAGGGGAAGAGUAAAGAUAAACAGAUUUUUUUUUUCCUUUUUUAAUGACAGACAAAGCGGUUUAUCAUCAUAAUAUGCAUUUGGUAUAAAUAUAUCAAAAUUUUGCACUAAUCCCGACCAACCACUUUCUCUUUCUUUCUUUCUUUCUUUCCAGUACUCUUGGUGAGACAUUGAAAGAUUCAAUCUUUUUUCCUGUUUCUCCCUUUGCUUGGUUAAUAGGUCUCUCUAGUUGAGUUUCAAAGAUACCCAAAAGCAUUAUUCCCCUUCUCUCUCUUCUAUAUCUUCUAGUCUCUCCCACUCUGCUAGUUUACAUGCAUAAAACAACUGAUCAGCUAUAUUUAUAUAUACCCAGUUGAGUUCAUGCAUAUAUAUGUGCCAAACAUGAUUGUCAUCUCUUAUUUGUGAAUUUGUCACUUGGACUUGGUAAAGGGGGAGAUGCCUUGCUUUGACAUGCAUGGAUCAGAUGUUUAUUUAUAUUUUCUGGGUUGUGUAGGGUUCUUGAGAGGAAAUGGUGGAGAUGGUAGGAACCCCCUUGUUUGACUAAAGAUAGGAUUCUGGUACGGGCAUGUCCAAGUUCAGUGAAGUUACCAUUUGUCUCAAACUUUUGAUCAAAAGAAGAAAUAUUAACAAAAAUGAAGUUUAUGAAAAUUGGAACAAGGCCGGAUACCUUCUACACAGAAGAGGCUACCAGGACUGUGAUUUCUGAUAUUCCGAGCGAUCUUAUCAUUAAAAUUAAAAGGAUUAGUUACUUUCUCCAUAAGCUGCAGUUUUCUCUUCUACCGAGAUGUAGUCUCUUGCAAAGGCUUUGCGCUGAUUCUACCGAUUCAAGCAUUGUUACGAUAGAGCUUCAUGAUAUUCCUGGUGGCGAGGAGGCUUUUGAACUCUGUGCUAAGUUCUGCUAUGGAAUAACAAUCAAUCUCAGUGCACAUAACUUUGUGCCUGCCUUCUGUGCUGCUCAAUUUCUCCAAAUGACUGAGGCCGUUGAGAGGGGAAACUUUGUUCUAAAACUUGAGGCUUUCUUCAACUCGUGCAUUCUUGAAGGUUGGAAAGACUCCAUUGUCACCCUGCAAACCACAGCUAAGCUAAUUGAAUUGUCAGAAAACAAUGGAAUCAUCAGAAGAUGCAUUGAUUCGAUUGUUGAGAAAGUUCUUACACCCCCAUCAAAGGUCUCUUGGUCCUACACUUACACUAGACCAGGUUUCAGCAAACAUCAAAAAUCUGUUCCGAGGGAUUGGUGGACGGAGGACAUAUCUGAUCUUGACAUUCAUCUGUUCCGGUAUGUAAUUACAGCAAUCAGAUCGACAUUUAUGGUUCUACCGCAGCUUAUUGGGGAAGCUUUGCACGUCUAUGCCUUGCGCUGGCUACCUGAUACUACAAAUAUUAGAUCUUCAGCUGAAAGUUCAGCAUCUCAAACUGAUGAAACAAUUGAAAAACAUAAACGAAUUCUUGAAACUAUAGUUAGCAUGAUUCCAGGAGAUAAAGGAUCAGUUUCUGUUAGUUUCUUGCUUAGGCUCCUUAGUAUUGGAAAUUCUCUGGGAGCAUCUUCUCUGAUAAAGACAGAACUCACAAGAAGAGCUUGUCUGCAGUUAGAGGAAGCAACCGUGAAUGACCUGCUCCUUCCUUUGCACCCAUCCUCUGAUCAGCAUUUCUAUGACAUAGAAUUGGUCCUGGCAAUGCUAGAAAGUUUCUUGGUGCAAUGGAGACGAGAAUCCCCUGCACCUACCUAUAAAAAUCGACCCACAAAGUCAAUUAGAAAAGUUGCAGAACUGAUUGAUUCCUACCUUCAAGUUAUUGCAAGGGAUGCCAACAUGCCAGUAUCCAAACUUGUAAGUCUUGCAGAAGCUCUGCCGGUUGUCGCCCGGAGGAGUCAUGAUGACUUGUACAAGGCAAUCAACAUUUACCUCAAGGAGCAUCCCAAUAUGAACAAAGCAGACAAGAAGGAUUUAUGCAGGAUUCUGGACUGUCAAAAAUUGUCACCAGAAGUACGUGCACAUGCUGUAAAGAAUGAGCGGCUACCAUUGAGAACCGUUGUGCAAAUCCUCUUCUUUGAGCAAGAGAAAGGCUCCAGGCCUCCUGAAAAUAAAAUGCCAUUACAGGAACUUUUCAGCAGAAAACAUGCAGCAUCUCCUGAAGAUGAUUUGGCCAAACUAGAGUUGGGUCCAAAUGAACAAUCUAGAGAGGCUGAGGGAACUAGAAAAACAGCAGCACCUCAAAGCAGCAUUGUAAUAGAUGAACAAAGAACGAAAAAACCAGAUACAAAGGUAAUGAAAGGAGAGAUUGACAAAGUGGGAUCCGAGAAGGGAAGAGAAUUUAGAGAACAAGGGAAUUCUGGAGCCAAGGUGGAUACAGAGAAGAUUAUACCAAAGGGAAGUGCUAGAGAUAGACAGCAAUAAUGAAUAACCUCGUUUCUCUCCUUCCUUCUGAACCUACUGCUAUUCUGUUCGAACCAUUCGCGUUAGUAUAGGUGACAAAAGUAGAGAACUUCUCAUUUCUGUCCAGUUUGGGAGUAUCCGACAAUAAGUGAUGCUGCAAAAGAGAUCAUGGUAGAUUACAAUAUAUAUGUACUGCAUUUUCAAUUUCCAUGGAAUUUACCUGUAUGUUAUAUUAGGCUGCAAGAGACCAAUUUGUUGGAAAGUAGUAAUCUUUUUUCUGCAGAAGGUGAUAUAAUAGUGUAGCCUUUCGCCAUUAAAUGGAACUACUUUAUAUU